ACCGAGGCUCCUCUGCUGAUCCGGCCCUACUUGGCGGACAUGACUCGCUCUGAAAUCCACGCCGUCAUGACCGGAGGCUAUGCCACCAUUGCCGGCAGUCUGCUGGGCGCCUAUAUCUCCUUUGGGAUCGAUGCUGCCUCCCUGAUUGCUGCCUCGGUCAUGGCUGCCCCUUGUGCGCUGGCCCUCUCCAAGCUGGUCUAUCCCGAGGUGGAGGAGUCCAAGUUUAGGAGCCUGGAAGGGGUGAAACUGACAGGCGGAGACGCUCAGAACCUCUUAGAAGCAGCCAGCAGUGGGGCUGCUGUCUCCGUGAAGCUGGUUGCCAACAUCGGAGCCAACCUGAUCGCCUUCCUGGCGUUGCUGGCCUUCGUCAACGCGGCCCUGUCCUGGCUGGGAGCCAUGGUGGGCGUCCAGGAGCUCAGCUUCCAGCUCAUCUGCUCCUAUGUCCUGCGGCCCGUGGCCUUCUUAAUGGGUGUGACCUGGGAGGACUGCCCGGUGGUGGCCGAGCUGCUGGGGAUCAAGCUGUUCCUGAACGAGUUCGUGGCCUAUCAGGGGCUCUCCCAGUACAAGCAGCGCCGCCUGGCCGGAGUCGAGGAGUGGGUGGGCACCAAGAAGCAGUGGAUCUCCGUCAGAGCAGAAAUCCUCACGACGUUCGCCCUCUGUGGAUUCGCCAACUUCAGCUCCAUUGGGAUCAUGCUGGGAGGCCUGACCUCCAUGGCCCCCCAGCGGAAGAGCGACUUCUCACAGAUAGUGCUCCGGGCGCUCUGCACGGGGACCUGUGUGUCCCUGGUGAAUGCCUGCGUGGCCGGGAUCCUCUAUGUGCCCAGGGGGGCCGAAGUUGACUGCACGAGCCUCCUGAACACAACCGUCAGCAGCAGCAGCUUUGAGGUGUACCAGUGCUGCUGUGAGGCCUUCCGGAGCACCAGCGCAGAGGUCAGCCGCGAGGCCCUGGACACCUGCUGUCGAUUUUACAACCACACGACCUGUGCGUAGCCGGGACGGCACGUCUUCGGCCCUCUGGGGGAGCCACAGGGCUUAGAGUCGCCUCAGUCACACAGUUGGAAAGGAGCGAUGGGGCGGGGGGACAGAGGCCUGAUGGUAUGGAGGUGAAGGAUGCUCCCCAGUCCUUCCCCCUUCCUGCUUCCUCCCGAGAUGUGAAUUCUUGGGGUCGCCUCUGCCUCCUCGUCUCGCCCCUCCACAUCCAAAGAGCACCCUGGUCUCUCUUCCCACCUUGCGUCUCUCACAUGCUUCUGUUAUGGGGUCCCUCCCUCUUCCUCCUCUGGGCACGUGAAUCUUGCCUCUGCGGGACGGGUUCUCCUGGGAACCCCUGCCUCUACUUUCAAAG